GUAACACGGUGCCAAGUUGUAGUUCUCGCGAUAUUUCGCUAAUGGAAGUGUCAGAGUGUCAACAACAGCCAGGCAGCAGCAGCACAGAAACGCUGUCCGGAGCAGGGAGGGGGAGUGCAGAGGCAGUUUAAAUGUCGGAACAUUUAUCUGAGAUGGGGGAUGAUCGACCCUUUGUAUGCACUGCCCCUGGAUGUGGGCAGAGAUUCACAAAUGAAGACCACCUGUCAGUACACAAACACAAGCAUGAAAUGACUUUAAAAUUUGGUCCAGCCAGAACCGACUCCGUUAUCAUUGCAGACCAGACUCCCACACCCACACGUUUCCUGAAGAACUGUGAGGAGGUUGGUUUAUUCAAUGAGCUGGCCAGCUCCUUUGAACAGGAGUUUUGCAAAGCACAGGAAGACGAGCAAAGGACAAAACACCCGGCUGCACCAUUACAAACACCUUCUGAAGUAAAAGAGGAGGAUGAGGGUCCUUUACAAGUUGAUUCUUCACCUCCUGAAAGCCCAGACUCCUCGUCCAGCAUGUCAGAUGACAGCAGAGACUCAAGGGGGAGAGGCAAGGAGAUUCUCACAAAGCCUGUGGCAAGCUCUGCUCCCACUCCAACUAUUGUGCGUCCAGGUUCUCUUCCCCUUCACCUGAGCAAUGACCCACUACACCCAACCCUACCUUCUCCGACUUCUGUCAUCACACAAGCUCCACCCUCCAACAGACAGCUUGGCUCCCCUACAAGCGCGUAUCCACUGGUGAGGCACCUUCCCAAUGGACAGACAGUCCCCCUCCUGCCCAGUCCUGUGCAGAUAACCUCAGUUAUAUCUCUUGCGAGGCCAGUCAACACUGUGCCUAACAUCCCUGGGAUUCCAGGACCUCCUGUUGGAGGGGCAAGCAGUGGUUCAUCCUCCCCGUCUGGAUACAGUCUUCACUCUGAGACCAAGAUGCGACUGAAGGCAGCUCUAACCCAUCAGGUCCCUGGAGCACAAGAUGGAGCUGGUGGGGGGUCAGGAUCCAUCCCUGCUGUCCCCCAGCGGCAGGAACAGAGCCAGCAGCCCACGCAAAACUCUGAUGCACCGUCACCUGCUCAACCACAGGUGUCCCCUGCUCAGCCCACAGGAGGCCGCCGGAGGCGAGCAUCAGAGAUGGACCCUGAUGAGAGGAGGCAGCGUUUUCUGGAAAGAAACCGGGCCGCCGCCUCACGAUGCCGGCAAAAACGAAAGCUGUGGGUUAAUUCUUUGGAGAAGAAGGCCGAGGAUCUGGCAAACAUGAACGUCUCCUUGUCGAGUGAAGUAACCCUACUGAGGAAUGAGGUGGCACAGCUGAAGCAGCUGCUCCUGGCUCACAAAGACUGUCCUGUCACUGUUAUGCAGAAGAAGGCAGCUUUCUUAGCUGCAGGAGGAGAAGAAACCUCCAGAGACGCUUCCACUGAACCCAUCGGCUCCCCAGCAGCAGUUAUUCAGCACGGGCCAUCACCACCUGCCUCGGCUCCAAGUCCAGGGGCCACCAUCAACGGGCUGAGCGUCCGUGCUGCAGAGGCGGUGGCCAUGUCAGUCCUGGCAGGUAUGGGAUCUGGCCAGCCUGGAGGGGUUGUCAUGGCAACGCAGCCACAGUCUGCUCAAAGAUGAUCUGCGGACACAGUUAGCCAGAAUGAACUCAAGUGACGUUUGGAGGCCGGACUGGUGCAAAGUUGUUGUUUUUUUUUUUUGUUUGUUUUUUUAAAGAGGGACCCACCCUCACUCCCUCUCUCUCAUCACAGACUAAGAUCCUCUCCCCACCUCACAGCCAACGAUAAUCACACAAAGACAUGGCACAGUGCCUCCGUCAACCCUUCAUUCCCUUUUCAGAGAAGCUUCUUCACUCUCCUUGUGUAAAUAUGAAUAACAUGUCGGACACUCACUCUACAAGGUUUGGGGUCAUUUUCUUGUUCAGUUAUGACAGCUGGUUUUAGAGUUGGAAGAAAAACAUGAAUGAAAAAUCUCGACAUCAAACUCAUCAGUUAUAUUCAUUUCACUUCAAAAAGCAGCUUCAGUCAAACUUUUUCCCACACACUGGCUGUGAGGUUUGUUUCUUUCCAGGCUGGCAAUUUUACUGUAAGAUAUCUUGUAUUUUUCACCUGUAAGAAAAGAUUUUUAUGCCUGAUCCAACUUGUUGACAUAAUGUUAUGCUGAUGCAGUGAGAGAUUGGCUGGUUGACUGUAGUAAAAGGCAGCCUGGAGAGUGUUUCAAUGCUCUUUUUUGUUUGUUUACUUUUCAACCUGUCCUUUUAAGUUUUAUGUCUGUGUUUCUCUUUUCAGUUAAUCCUCCGUAAUUACAAUUGGCAGUUUAGUCAGCUGAGCUCCUAACAAACCAAAUUGUAGAUGUGUACACUGUUUACCCUGUGAUUGUGUGCCUGACUUCUUUUUAUCACCUAUUUUAACCCAUUUAAAAUGGAUGUCACUAUAUUAGUCCUACGUAUCAAACCCUAUUGACUGCAUGGAUUAUUCAAGGCUGAAGAAUACCACUGUUUGUUUGUGAUUCAUCAAACUGUCACUGUUUUCUGAUCUGUUAUCUUGCUCUGUAACAUCAAAUUAUUGAUGCAAAAACUGUCCUUGUUAUGUAAGGAUUCCAUCCUCUGUCCUAAUGUAACACACUUGAAAAGAUUAGUCUUUUAGAAGGCCUUUAAAUGAUAAUCAAACAUAAUAGAUUUUAAAUCCUAUACCCAGGCAUUUCAGUUGAGAAAAGAGUAGUGCAAUAUAUUUUUCUAUUAAAUAUCAAUGUUCUUGCAUUUAGCUGACAUGUGUAGCGCAGCUGCUGAGAGGGGUUUGGUCUAUUUAAGUUGGCUAAAGAACGCUAAAAUUCAGAGAUGACCAAAGCAAAUGUGAAGAUGAGUGAAUGGGAUUGGUGAUCAGUGCACAUUUGUAGAGAGUUACAAAUGUCCUGGUCUUGGGUGCGUUCCAACAUUUGACAAGCCGUCUUGUAUCAUGAAGUAGACCUAAUACUUGUGCAAGGUGCUUCUUUUAAAAUUUAAGUUUUGAAAUGCAGAUUGUUUUGUACAUCAUUGUACUUCCAAGACUAUCAUGUUGUUUUCUCCCCUCGUCACUCUGUGUUUUUUAUAACAUAUUAUUUUAAGAUGUUUAUUUUUCUCUGUGGGAAUUUUAGGAAUUUUUUUCAUCAUGCGAUAGUAUGUCCCCUUAAUUUGUGAAAGAGGAUAGAUGUCUUUUAUGUGUGUAACGGAGGUUGAACUACGUGAAAAAAUGUCUUGGAGAUAUCUGUAUGGUGGGAGUUUGUCAAAUACUCAGGCCUCGAGAUGGGAAAAAAUACUUGUGUAUAGUCUCAACUAAUGAAUAAGUUGUCUUGGGAAAAUGAUAAAAUAAAUUAAUGAACAAAAAGUUAA